UCCUCUUGCCUCUACCCACUCUAGUCGCGGCGCAUGCGCACUCCCGCAGCAGUCACAGUGAUGGCGGAGGCCACCGGCGCGAAGAGGAAGCGUGAGGGAGCGGAGGAGUCGGCCGAGCCCCCGGGAGGCGGUGGCGGCUCAUUCCCCUUGGCCGAGCUCUGCGUACGCAGGGUGCUCAGGGAGUCUGCGCGGGACAAGGCCAUUUUCCUGCACGGGCAGGUGAAUGGAGCCUCUGGCGAUGCAAAGGAUGCUGUAGUGAUCCUGGAGAAGACUCCCUUCCAGGAGGAAAGCAUCUCCGACCUGCUGAAGAAACACACGAAGUUGAAGCUCCAGAUGUCCAAUGAUAUCUACAGCACCUACCACCUGUACCCACCGCCACAGCUGAGUGAGAUAAAAACCACAGUGGUGUACCCAGCCACCGAGAAACACCUUCAGAAAUAUCUGCGCCAAGAUGUGUAUCUCAUCCGCGAGACUGGGGAGGAUUACAAGAACAUUACGCUGCCCUUUAUACAAUCCCAGAGCUUCAGCAUCCAGUGGGUGUAUAAUAUCCUGGAGAAGACGGCUGAGGCUGAUCGAAUAAUCCACGAAAACCCUGAUUCUUCCAAUGGUUUCGUUCUCAUUCCAGAUUUUAAAUGGAAUCAGAAACAGCUAGAUGACCUGUACUUGAUAGCCAUCUGCCACCGUCGGGGGAUAAAGUCACUGCGAGACCUCACUGCUGAGCACCUGCCUUUGCUGAGGAACAUCUUGCAAGAAGGGAAGGAAGCCAUAUUAAAGCGCUUUGGAGUGGCUGGCUCUCAGCUGCGGAUUUACCUGCAUUACCAGCCAUCCUACUUUCACCUGCAUGUGCAUUUCACCGCUCUGAGCUACGAUGCACCAGGCUGCUCGGUGGAGAGAGCUCACCUCCUGUCGGACGUUAUUGACAAUCUGGAGCUCGACCCCCAGUACUACCAGAAGCGUACGCUGACCUUUGCCCUCCGGGCAGACGAAGCCUUGCUGAAGAAAUUCCAGGAAGCAGGCAAAGCUUGAGAUCUCAGGGACUGGAAGUGGGCUGGUUUUCUACCUUUUUAUGUAUGGAUUAUUUUUAUUGUCUUUGACUUUUUUUUAACUCAAUUUUGUAAGAAUUGGGAUUGCGUUCCCCUCACCGUAGUAACCGUUUCCUGCAUUUCUAUCAAUAAAAUGUUGUUUGAGCAGAGA